AUGGAGGCCAGCGAGCUGCGGAUGCAGAAACGCACUUGCCCUGAGCUGCGAGAGUGGUGUCGGGUCGUGCAGUUCAGCCAGGAGUUGGGCGCCCUCCAUGGAUUUGGUGAGAGGGUGCUGAUCAUGCAGGCUCUAACGGCUGCCCCUCUGUGUCUUGCAGCCGUCUCCAACCUGGAUGUGGAGAGCAAACUGAGCGUGUACUACCGAGCGCCGUGGCACCAGCAGAGAAACAUCUUCCUCCCGGCCACGAGGCCGCCCUGCGUGGAGGAGCUACACCGCCACGCCCGGCAGAGCCUGCAAGCCCUGCGCAGAGAACACCGGAGCCGGAGCGACCGCCGGGAGCAGAGAGCUGCAGCCCCCCACUCCGUGGCGGCCCCUCCGCUGCCAGCCUAUGGCCCAUCUCACAGCCAGCGGAGGCGCGAGGUGAAAGACCGCCACUUCUUAACGUUUAACAGCACGCGUUCGCCCUCCCCCACCGAGUGUUGCCACAUGGCCCCAUGGAGUAGAAAGUCCCACCCCCCGGACGAUGAAGAUACGGAGGUCACGUUAGGGCAGAGGCCGAAAAACCCAGUACACAAUGUCCCCUCAACUCUGGACAAGCACACCAACUGGAACAAAGCGUUACCCCUGCCCACACCAGAGGAGAAGAUGAAGCAAGAUGCCCAAGUGAUUUCUUCGUGCAUUAUCCCCAUCAACGUCACUGGAGUUGGCUUUGACAGAGAGGCUAGUAUACGCUGCUCUCUCGUUCAUUCACAAUCCGUACUACAGCGGAGACGAAAGCUGAGGAGGCGGAAAACCAUCUCGGGCAUCCCCAGAAGAGUCCAACAAGAGAUAGAUUCUGAUGAGUCACCAGUGGCCAGGGAGAGGAAUGUGAUUGUGCACACGAAUCCAGACCCUUCCAACACUGUCAAUAGGAGGUCCGGGACCAGGGACUCCGAGUGCCAAACGGAAGACAUUCUGAUUGCUGCUCCGUCCAGGAGGAGAAUCAGAGCCCAGCGGGGUCAGAGCAUCGCCGCUUCCCUUUCGCAUUCGGCGGGGAACAUUUCCGCGCUGGCAGACAGAGGCGACACCAUGUUUACUGCUGCCGUGAGCAGCCGCACGAGAUCUCGGAGCCUUCCCCGGGAGGGCAACAGAGGUGGGGACACUGAACCCCAAGUCGGUGCUAAACCUUCAGCAUAUGAAGAGGGGGAGCCUUUCGGGGGUGACCGAGAAAGAAUCUCUAAUGAGUGCAGUGAGGCCCCAAGCAGCCCGAGUGCGCAGGAGCGUCAGUCCGCCAUGGGCCUGGCCUGUCCCCAACAUCUGCACAGCCCCCAGCACAAGCCGAGCGAGAGAGGGCGGUCGCGGCUGUCCCGGAUGACUGCCGACUCUGGCAGCUGUGACAUCUCCUCCAACUCCGACACCUUCGGGAGCCCCAUCCACUGCAUCUCCACGGCUGGCGUCCUCCUCAGCAGCCACAUGGACCAGAAGGAUGACCACCAGUCAUCCAGCGGCAACUGGAGCGGCAGCAGCUCCACGUGCCCCUCGCAGACCUCAGAGACCAUCCCUCCCGCGGCUUCGCCUCCCCUCACUGGCUCUUCACACUGUGACUCGGAGCUGUCCCUGAACACGACGCCUCAUGCAAAUGAGGAUGCCAGCGUCUUCGUGACAGAGCAGUACAGUGAGCACCUGGAUAAAGCGAGAGGCCACCGGGCCAACUCCUUCACCUCCACUGUGGCCGAUCUGCUGGAUGAUGCUAACAACAGCAACACCAGCGACAGCGAGUGGAAUUACCUGCACCACCAUCACGAUGCCUCCUGCCGCCAGGAUUUCAGUCCUGAGCAUCCCAAGGCCGACAGCCUGGGCUGCCCCAGCUUCACGAGCAUGGCCACUUAUGACAGCUUUCUGGAGAAGUCUCCGUCAGACAAAGCAGACACUAGCUCUCACUUUUCGGUGGACACGGAAGGAUACUACACCUCCAUGCACUUUGACUGUGGCCUCAAAGGCAGCAAGAGUUACGUCUGCCACUAUGCAGCCCUGGGCCCAGAGAAUGCCCAGGGGGCUGCGGUUCCCCCUAGUCUUCCAGACUGUGCCUGGCAGGACUACCUGGACCACCGGAGGCAGGGGAGGCCGAGCAUCUCUUUCAGGAAACCAAAGGCAAAGCCAACCCCACCUAAGCGUAGCUCUUCGCUGAGGAAGUCCGAUGGAAACGCAGACAUUUCUGAGAAGAAAGAACCAAAGAUAAUCAGUGGCCAGCUCCUGCCUCACAGUUCCAGGGAAAUGAAGCUGCCUCUUGAUUUCUCCAACACGCCCUCUCGAAUGGAAAGUGUCAGUCUCGCCCCCAAACAGGAACCUUCUUGGCUGAACCAGAAUGAGCAUGGCAUCAAGGACCCUCAGCUGGACGCGUCCGAUAUCCCACCAUUCAAAGACGAAGGUGCUGAGUCCACUCACUAUGCAGACCUCUGGCUUCUCAAUGACUUAAAAACAAACGACCCUUACAGGUCUUUGUCGAACUCGAGCACGGCCACGAGCACCACCGUCGUCGAGUGCAUCAAGUCUCCGGAGAGCUCUGAGUCCCAGACGUCCCAGUCAGAAUCAAGAGCCACAACCCCCUCCCUCCCUUCCGUGGACAGUGAGUUUAAACUGGCUUCGCCAGAAAAACUGGCCGGCUUGGCUUCACCGUCGAGCGGCUACUCCAGCCAAUCCGAGACACCAACAUCCUCAUUCCCUACCGCCUUCUUCUCUGGGCCGUUGUCUCCCGGGGGUAGCAAGAGAAAACCCAAAGUCCCAGAAAGGAAGUCCUCCCUACAGCAGCCCUGUUUGAAAGAUGGGACUCUCUCACUGAGUAAGGAUCUCGAGCUCCCAGUUAUACCUCCGACCCAUCUUGACCUAAGUGCUCUUCACAACGUCUUGAACAAACCCUUCCACCACCGCCACCCCCUGCACGUCUUCAGUCAUAAGAAGCAGAGCGCCGCAGGAGAAGCGCUGAGGGCCCAGCCCCCGCUGUCCCUCGCUAUUACGCCAACAGUCCUGAAAUCCGUGAGCCUUAGGUCCAUCAGCAAGGCCGAAGAAGUCAAGCAAAAAGCAGGCGACGGCGCGGACCUCCCCUACUUAGAGGACAGAGCUCUCCCGAUGGCGGCCCUGUGUCCUGGCAAGAGCAGGCCACACAUGGCCAAGAAAUCAUUGUCUCGCCAGUACUCCACUGAGGAAGCCAUCCUGUCCUUUCUGGACUCCUCCGCUGUUGAGGUGGGACCAGAGAAACUGCAGUUAGAAAAAACCCGUGCUUUCCAUGUGAGCAGCCAUUGCGAGCCAGAAGCGGUACCCGUGGCUGGUAGCAAUCUUCCAGAUUCCAGUGUCACAAAAGACCAGAUGCACGCGGAGAGCGCACCUGGUCCCGACAGCACGCCGAGUGCAAACUGCAGCUUCCCUGCAGAAGGCUUCCAGAGGGUGUCCGCUGCCCGCCCCAGUGAUCUGGAUGGUAAGAUGAUGCCAUGUGGAGCUGGUCUGGGUGGAGCCCGGCUGCAGGCCCAGCAGGCCCCCUGUGCGGGUCGGGAGGACGGUGCGCACCCUGAGUCUGGGGGUGUGCUCGCAUCCCAGUCACACUUGCCAGCUGGAGCCGUGGAUAUAAGCGGUCCACUUAGGCUUCCCUUUGGCGUGAGCCGCCACCAUGACAAAGUGCCUGGGAACACCAGCCUUGAAGCGGAGCUGUCAGCUGUAAAUUCAGGCCCCGAACCACGUUCUGAGCAGGAAAAUAUUGCUUCAGGUAUUUCAGCCAAAAGUGCCUCUGAGAACAGCGGAGCAGAGGAGACCCCUGGAAGCGUGGAUGAAGCGUCAUUGAAAGAAUCGUCACCAGAUGGCUCUCUGACCUCACCGCUGAGUGAAGACUGUCAGGCGGAAGGGGAAGGUGUGUUCCAAACGAACCUCGUGUCUCCAAACAAACCUCGAACAACGGAGGAUUUAUUUGCAGUCAUUCACAGGUCCAAGAGGAAAGUACUUGGAAGAAAAGAUUCUGGGGAUAUGUCUGUCCGAAGCAAAUCCAGGGCUUCUCUUGGCAGUAGCAGCGGCGGCGCUGCGUCCGUCACCUCAUCCGGGGCCAGCUCGGCCACCCCCAACAGCCAGCGGUCGCCCGGCCUCAUCUACCGAAAUGCCAAAAAGUCCAACACGUCCAACGAAGAGUUCAAGCUGUUGCUCCUCAAGAAAGGCAGUCGCUCUGACUCCAGCUACCGCAUGUCUGCCACGGAGAUCCUCAAGAGCCCCAUCCUGCCCAAGCCUCCUGGGGAGCUGGCAGCUGAGUCCCCCCUGAGCCCCCAGGAGGCCCAUCAGGGGGCGCCUGGGCCGGAGGCCCUGUCCCCGCUCUCUCCCUGCCCCCCGAGAGUUAACGCAGAGGGCUUUUCCUCCAAGAACUUGGCCUCGGCCAGGGUGGGCCGGUCCCGGGCCCCGCCCGCGGCCAGCAGCAGCCGCUACAGCGUGCGCUGCCGCCUGUACAACGCGCCCAUGCAGGCCAUCUCCGAGGGCGAGACUGAGAACUCCGACGGCAGCCCGCACGACGACCGCUCCUCGCAGAGCUCCACCUAGGGCCGGAGCCCGCUUGGGGCGCCCCCUGGAGCCGCCCCGCGACCACCUGCGGGCUCCUGGUGGGUGAGCAGGAGGUGGCUGGUCGGUCCUGUCCACCUCCUGUGUGUUUAAGUAGCUGCGCUGUCUCUCAUGGUUUUCUUUAGCUUAGUUUGAUUCACCCAAGCUCAUUCCUUUUAUACUACAGAAAUCAAAAAUGUCCGCUUUUCGUGAAACCUAGAAAAAGUUUUUCCAGAGCUGCCUAUUCAGAAAACAAAGCCCUCACUGUCACGAUUCUUAAGAAGAUGAAAUUACUCCGGAGGUUUGGUAUUUUUUUACAUUCAAAUGAACUAAAGCAAAAUUUAGAAGAAAGAACUACACACAUGUAAAUACCAUAUUUUUGAUAAGAAUGUGUAAAUAGAUUUAUCACUGACGCAUGGACAUGCGGCCAAGUAUCUUCCGCACCCCAAUUGUUUAUAGAACACAAAAAUAAAGUGUAAUAAUUGUAUUCUGUGAAUACCAUUUUCAUAUCAAAUACCAUAUUCAAAUGUCCACCAAUAUGAUUUCUGAGUGAUAAACCUCAAAUAUGAAUUUUAAACUGGUGAAAUAAAGGAAAUCUUGAGGUCCUAUACUGAAAUGUGAUUCCUUUAAAAAUAGUGAAUUCAGACCUAUCCAUUUUGGUGACAAAUUGCAGCACCAAACGAGCAAAUAGUAACGCGUGGCAGUGGCUGGCCAUGUGGUGAUUUGGACAGAUGCAAAGCAUGCUUCUGGUUUUUUUAAAUCAAGGAGAGAAAUCAUCAUUCUCAACACAAAGCCCUGAACAACAGCAUUUGACACUGUCCUUCAGACUCAUUUUUCAAUGGAUUGCUUUCAAGAGAAUGAGUAGGACAAACAGUAGUUAAUUUUAGGUUAUGUUUUAUAUUAGGCUGCUGGGGACAUGCACAGUCAUAAUCUAGUGACUAUAAUCGUUAAACUCCUUAAACAGUUAAGCAAGUAGCUCCAGGUUCUUUAACAAAAAUAAACAUAAGCAUGCCACAGAGCUGGUGAUUUAUCAGUAAGUACCUGCAGUGAGUUUUCAGUGGAGCUUUCUCUCUGUGCUGAUGAGAUUCAUGCUACCUAAAAAUGAACAGAAAUGACACUGUGAACAAUGUAGUUGGGAAGUAGGUACGUGUAUAUGCAUUAUUUAUAUUCACUGUUCAACUGGGAACGGGGCGUGGCUCUGGUUCACAACACUACAUACAACGGAUGUCUGAUUUGACCCGUAUCUGCUUGAUGGCGAAAGGGGAGGGGUGGUGGGUGGGAAAGGAAAUGUCAGGGCGAGUGCUCUGAUCAAAUGAAGGCAGGGAAACAAGCUGAAUUACUUGAAAUUACUUGAAUUUUCUUGUCUUAAAACUGAAAAAAAAAAUGUAGUUACAAGUUGAAAUCUGAAAAUGGUUUUUACACUUCUGAUCUGAACAUGAACUGAUACUAGUGUUUGAAAUGGUGUGUCGGAAAUGUAAGCAGCUAUGUACUUAGGCUAUGUUUUGAAUGGGAGAAGGGAGAGAGAACUAAGAAGGGUUGUGACCUUUAAAGGAUAGAAUGUGAUUAGAAUGUUAAAACACACCAGAGUUACCAAGAAAUUCACACACAGCGUCUUUAAGCUUAUGCAAGUGGGAUCUGGGAGUGCUGGAUGUGUGGACGGCUUGUGGUUCGGUUUCACUCUGUAAUAUGGAGAAGGCCUGGUCUAAGAAGAUGCUGUCUUUCCAUAGAAACACUUUCUAGGAUGUUACCGAUUAAGAAUUACAGAAUCUGAUUGCUGUUCGUUUUUUGUUCGUUUGAAAAGAACAAAAAAGUCUGGCUUCUAUUUGUUUUUAUUAUCAAAUUGUGUUUUUUAAUUUCUUGUCAUUCUGUAUGUAAAAUGGGUGCUGGGGGUGGCGGGGUAGAGGAGGGAGUGUGUGUGUGUGCGUGUGUGUGCGCGUGCGCGCGCGUGCGUGCUGGGAUAGAUAAGCUACCUGGUAAAAGGUACAUUUGAACAUUGACAAAGUGUUACACUUUUUAUUAAAAGAAAAAUGUUUGGGGGUUUGAAAAACUGGACCAUUAUUUCUCAUUGGAACCCAUUCGUUAAGAAAACCAGCGUGGUUUGACAUUACAUGGGAACACGAGUAACUUUUUCUCAUGCUUUGAAAAGUACACUUGGCAAAAUUUUAAAAAUAAAGUUUUUAGAGAAAUGCGAUAAGAAACAGUGAUUUCCAGUCACAAUAGGUGAUCUUUUGUAAUUUUCAUAAAAGCAGUUCGUUUGCAGUAUGGCUUUUGUGUAGUUAGAGGUUUUGUAAGCGUAAAGAAAGGUAUGUGGGCUUUAAAAGUGAUUCUAAAUCUUGACUAGAAAACACAUUGAAUUGGCUUUAAUAAAAAUGUCACCUUUUUAUUACUGACAUCAAUUUAAGUAAUAGUACCAUAUAUUUUAAAACACACAUUGACUUGAAUUGUGAGGCAAUAAGAUACCUUCUAUAUGUAGUGAUCACAGAACUAACCCUUAUAAUAUAGUUUCACUUAUUUUGUUUACUCUAUAAAAAUCUAUAGCAGAGUUUCUCUAUUUUAUAUUUCAUAGAUUUAAAAAAUACCCAAAUAAAGAUGAAUUUUAAAUUCACUUGCAGAAAAGAGCAUUAAGUAACAAACUGAGUUAAAAUAAAUGAAAAGCAAGAAAUUCCUUAGUAAUCUGGAAUAUUCUACAUGACUUUAUUAUAUUGCACGUAAGACCAAGAUUUAGAGGGCUGUCUUCAACAUCACUGCCAUCUUGACGCAAGGUACACACAUAUUAGGUAUUGUGAAGAGCAUCAAUCCAAACUUUUCUUCUGUUGUUUGCACUGAUGCUAAUUUUAAGUUCUUUUAUGUUUAUACAACAGGUCUGUGAUGUGGGGGGGAUUUUUUUUCCUUAUUUUGUGUUUUUUUGUUUGUUUGUUUUGUUUUGUUUUUGGCUAAGUAGAGGACAUGGACUAGUGUUAGCAAACAAAAGACACUGUUUGCUCUUGCCAAAGGUCAGUGAGUGCAUUUGCUGCAGUGGCAGCAGACUUAGAGAACUAGAUCAUCACAAAGAUUUCAGACUAUGUAGAAGUGUAACUAUUUUGGUACUAGAACCAGUUCAUGCUGGCCGAAAAGACAAUGGUUUAUGGACUUGCAUCCAUUUUGUAUUUUUGUAAUAUUUGUAAAUAUGAACUUUUUAAAUUGUUGCAAAAUGGUUUCUUUUGUAAGAUGUUUUCAACGUUUACACUCAAUCCAAGCCUUUGUAUAUUUUAGAGCUGUGCAACACUUUAAGUCUUGUAUUUAUUUUUAGUAAAAAUGGUGACAGUUUUAUCGUGAACCCCUCAAAAAAAAGUGUACCAGAAAAGUUUGAUUACCUAGAAAGUGUGUAUAGAAACUGCAAAUA